AUGGGAGAAAGACCUGGUUUGAAAUUUGCCUAUGACACUUGCUGUGUAGACCCUGAAUUAGUCCUUUCUCAGUAAUUCACAAAAAAGAUUUUUUUCUGUUGUUAUUUGGGGUUUUUAUUUGUUGGAUAUGAAAUUUCAUUUGUAAAGAAUUCCUGGUGGUGAAACUUCUUCCAAUGGUUCAGAAAUGCAACCUUCUGUAACUUCUGCAAACUUAGGGCUGCCUGGGGCUUAGCUGCUAUUUAUUUGUCAGAAUCUAUCUUCGAUGGUUCUAACGCUGGCCCUUUAUUACACCAGGCUGCUUUCUCCAGAUAUUACUCCCAGAAUUCCUGAUCUUCUUGCAGCGCUAAGCCCAGGACUCAUCAUACAAUCAAUGCUUAAUAAAUGUUUGUACAAUGAAUGAAGGAAUGAAUGAAUCUGGUGUUGAACAUCACCCGCAAAAGCCUAUCACUUGUAGCCUGAAUUCCUUCUUUAGGCAAUAUUUGUGACUAAACUGUAGCAGGAAAUUCCGAACUGUCUGAUCAGUCACAGUCGGAUACGCUGUAACUGGACUCUAACAUAGUGCUAUGUUAGUCUUCUUCGAAAAAGACAACAAUUCCCUCUUUUAACGAUCGAAUUCCAUUGAGGAACUUAGCCCUCGUCUCUCUUGGUGAUGGUGAGGCUAGCUCUCUUUUGGAAUUUAACCUGUCAAUCAAUGGCAUAAUCCCCUACUUCUUCACUAAACUCCCUCUUGGAACUUAGUCACUGGCAACAGUGGAAUAAAAUCUUCGCCUUUAAUUUGGAGGUCAAAGACUAUAAAUUCUUUUCAGACACCUCACUGACACUGGCUGGAAACUCCAAUUUAUUUGGGCGUUCCAUCCCACGCCCCAUCACUUCUUCCCUCUUUUCCUUCCUAGUAUUUGUUAAAUACCUAGGAUUGAACCAAACCCUGGCCCCGAAGAGCUUGCAUUCUACUGGGGGGAAAGUUCUGCAGAUAAAUGAUGCCGCUGCCGACUCUGUCUGCUCUUCCUCUACUCGGCCGACUCUUCCCUUUCCGCAACAAUAAGAUAGCUGAAAGUCUGGCAGAAGGGCAACGGCAAGAGACAACGAGCCACUAGGUGACGCUCAGGGCGGGACCCGGAAGUCCCUGAGUUCAAAUCCGACGUCAGACCCUCCAGGCUGGUUGAAUCUGGGCAAUUCACUUCGUCUUUGCUUGCCUCCGUUGCCUCAUCUCCAAAACAGGGUUAGUAAUAGUGUCCACGAAGGAUCCAACGAGGGUCUUUGGGGAGGGCCAAAUAAAUGCCUGCUGUUAUCCAAAGAUUGAGUGGGCCUGGUGAGGAGGGGGUGGGGUGGGCAGGGCAACGAACUUCUUUUUAAGUUUGUUUUUUUUUAGGAUGAGACUUCAUCCAGCCUGAGCUUACAACCGAGGCACACCGCGGCUUCUCUCACCUCUUCCUAGAGUCGCCUUAUUGUCAGCAGCUCUAGUCAGGGGGCGCAAACACAGAGCGCCCCAGGGUCCUCCAGGAACCCGACUUCCGUUUGUUUGGCGGAAGAAGAAUUUAAGCCGCCCCGGAAACGGAAGCAGGGAGUGCGCGCUCGGGCCGUCGCUGAGGAGCCGACUGGCCCGGGGCCGCGAGGAUGAAGGAGGCGAAGCCCGAGCGGGAGCGGAGGCAGCGGCGCCGGCGGAGGCGGCGGCGGGAGGACGAGGACGAGCCGGGGGAAGCGGCGGGGGAGGAAGUGCUGGUGCCGGAUCUAUCGCUGGUGAAGCAGGAGCGGCGCAGCCCGACCCCUGCGUCCCGCUCUCACCGGCCCCGGUCCCGGGCCCGGCGCGGUUCCUCUGGAAGUCCGAGCCCGGCGCCGGAGGAAGAGGCGCCACUGCCGCCCCCGGCCGCGGCCGCGGCCCCACGAGCCCGCAGCGCUCGUGCCUCCGGCGACCGCGCUGGCAGUGGCAGCAGAUCACCUACCAAAAAGAAAAACAAGUCCUUUGGGAGAAGAAGCAGAUCUCCUCGAAAUAAGAGAAGCCGUAGCCCUCAUCAUCCUAUAGUCAAGGUGAAGCAGGAACGAGAAAGUGAAAAUCAUCCCCGAAGAGGAAGAGAUGAAAGGCAACACAGGGAGCAGUCAGAACAAGAACACAGGCGGGAGAGAAAUGGUGACCGGGACAGACACCAUAGCCAUUCUAACCAGAGGAAGACCAUUAAUGAGAGGCCUAGUGGUGGGCGGAACCGAGAUGCCCAGAACCUACAGGAACAAGAAGCAGAAAGAGAGUUUUAUAAUGCUCGACGACGGGAGCGUCGCCAGAAAAAAGAUGUGGGUGGCAGCAGUGAUGAGAAUCAGGAGAUUGUUCUGCAGUCUGCUGGUGGCCAUAGUAAGGGAAAAGAUCCACCAAAUAAAGAGAAACCCAGCUUUGAACUGUCAGGGGCACUCCUUGAGGAUACCAACAUGUUUCGAGGUGUGGUGAUAAAGUAUAGUGAGCCUCCAGAAGCACGGAUCCCAAAGAAACGCUGGCGUCUUUACCCCUUUAAGAAUGAUGAGGUUCUUCCUGUCAUGUAUAUCCACAGACAAAGUGCUUAUCUUCUGGGCCGACACCGGCGGAUUGCAGAUAUUCCUAUUGAUCAUCCCUCCUGUUCAAAGCAGCAUGCGGUAUUUCAGUAUCGGCUUGUAGAAUACACACGUGCUGAUGGAACAGUUGGCCGAAGGGUAAGGCCAUAUAUCAUUGACCUUGGUUCAGGCAAUGGGACCUUCUUGAACAACCAGCGUAUUGAGCCACAGCGUUACUAUGAACUAAAGGAGAAGGAUGUGCUCAAAUUUGGGUUUAGUAGCAGGGAAUAUGUACUGCUUCAUGAGUCUUCAGACACCUCUGAGGUGGAUAGAAAAGAAGAUGAAGAUGAGGAGGAGGAGGAGAUGAUAUCUGACAGCUAGCAAAUUGAGAAGAAGCUCCUGUAGCUGCUAAGAGAAUUUUUCCUUUGUGAAAGGCCUGGACUUGGGAUUUAAAGAACAGAGGAGCACUCCCUGGUGCUUCUUAUUGCCUUAAGUCUUUCCUCUGUUGCUGAUCAGCUUAUGUUAAAAUUUAAGAAAUUUGACAAUUUGUGUUUUUGGUUGAACUUAUUUCUGUGAUCUGUUAGCCACACAAGUGUGGACAUUUGCUUUCAGAAUAAUUUCACCAAUAACAGUCGUCCAUUAUGUAUAGUAGAAGCAUGAUGGCGUGGCAUGAGUUGGUGCUCUGGAAAAUAUUGCCUGGUAACUGUAGACCUUUGGUUAAAAAGAGAAACGUGGCAUGUUCUCUUUGUGCAACUAUUUGCUUUGUACAGUGACUUAUUAAGAAUAUGGACCAGCAGUUUUUCACAUUUUAUUUUUUUGUAAAUAUCUAGACAGAGAAUUUGGCCCAAGUUUUGGUUAUCAUCAAAACAAGCCCUCAUUAUAUAUAAACUGAAUUUUCAGUCCAGUUAACUUUGAAUCAUAGAAAUCUAUUUCAUUAGUCUUUGGGGAUGAGAAUUUCACCACACAUAUUAAUGACUUCAUUGUCUGCUUUUAUGUAGACAAAUGUUGCGUCCUAUUGAAAUAUAUGACAGGGCAAUAAAAUCAUGGCCAUUGUGGAAAAGAAAUUGAAAUGGGCCAUAGAUCUAUUUCUUACAUAAGAGGAUUCUAUAUUUCCCAAAGUAGCCUGGGUCUGUCAUUAAUUGGGUUUUCUUGUCUGUUUAACUGCUUUGCAUUUAUUAUAAUACACUUUUUUCCUCCUAAUUCAUAGUGUCACUUAUAUAGGAGGAUUACCUCAGAUAUUGGAGCAGUCUUCAUUUUAACUACAUGUGUGUGCUAAAGAGAAAUUUUUGUUCCGCUUAAUGUAUUUUUUAAUAUCCUGAAAGGCCAUGUCUGCCAUCAUUUUCUCCCCCCACUCCAUAAGCAGGGAGGAACUUAGGCAAGGAAAACACCUAUUUACUAAUCUUCCCUAACUCAAAUAUGUGUGCAUCAAAUUUUGUCUGUGUACAUAUGUUGUAUAUAUAAAUUGGAUGAGAGUGUGUGUGGGUGGGUGUAUGGGUGCAGGUUGGAGGUGUGUUCUACAUGCAUCUGAAUGGUUUUUGUAAUGUAAAUGGAAUACUACAUUAUGAGUAAAGGCAUAGAUCACCUUGUUAUUUCAAUAGCAGAAUCUCAUUUAUAUAUAGUUUGGGAAUUACACAAUAAAAGAAUUUAUAAAUGUAGCCCUACUCAGCCCCAAAGUGUAAUACUUUUCUAGCAUAAAGGUUUUUUACAUUUCUUGCUUUUUAAAAAGCUUUAAAUUAAAAAAAAAUUUUGAAGUGGAAAUAAAUGGUAAUUGAGAGGGAAAGAAGUGGAAACACCACUGAUGACCUGAAAUAAAUUCCAGAACAUUAAUCCAUAAAAAGGAGUAUUGAGCAUUUUGAAGCAUCAGUGCUUUCUAAAUUGGGAGCAAAGUUCAUCCUUACCAGUGAGUGUAAAGAAGCUUUUGUGAAUGCUAUGUAUAGUUGGCUCUAUAAACCAAGGCCUGAUUAUUCAGUACAUGGAUUAUCUUUGCCCUUCCUCUCUUACCCUCCUAAAGAACCUUACUAUUUCUAUCUACACAAACACCACUUACCAGAGUACUAUCAAGGGAGAGAAAGAGAAGUGGAAAGUCAAAUACUUUUGCUAUUAAUUAGUCCUAAGGUUGAAAUAUAUGAGACUUUGAAAUUAUCUCUGAAUGUUGAUUUAUCCCUGCUUUUUUCCCAAUAUAUCUUGUUAUGGAUGAUAUUCAGACAUCAAUAUUGGCCACUGCUAUGUGGUGACAUGGAGUGAGAUUUAGUGUUCAUUGUCCAGGUUAGGAGACAAAAAGCCUUGGAAAACACAUUUUGUGAACAUUUAAUAAGCUUAAAAUUAAAAGAUAAAAAAAUUUAGUAAUUUGCAGUUUGCUUUUCCCUAGUUAUUUAUCUCCAGUGACUUUGCUACUACGGGCUUAAUGUCCAGUAUCCAGUGUAUGCAAAUAUAGAACCCGAUUUUGUGCUCUUAAUGAGACUGAGUUUUCCCUUGGCCUGCUCUUGCUCUUUGUCUCUCUUACUCUGGUGCCUCUCUGAUCAUUGUGUUGCUACACUGAUUGCCAGUGGGUUCUAAGAUCACUUGCCGCUAUAAAGUGGUUUUAGGUUUUGCUUCUAGCCUACAUCCUGGUGGAUGUAUCAAUAGAGCACGGAGAAAAUAACCAACUUGACUACAUAACUGACAGCACAGACAGAUAUUUUUGUACUAGGUUUUCUUGAUAAAUGAGUAAUGGUUCCUGGAUUCAAUGAUAUUGAUGAAAGAUUUCUUUAUGAAGGUUGGGAACAGUGGGCUUGGGAGCAAGAUCAGCUGAAAUGCGAUUCUCCUUUAGCUCUAAAGCUAGGUAUCACCAGCAAAUUUCUAAACUGGAAUAGUGAUAAAUGUGUGAUAGUUCUUUUACAUUCUGUUUGAAAAAUGUGUUUAGUUAGGCUGUUUGGUUUCCUCUUCUGCCAUCUCGUCAGACUUCACUACUUUGAAGUAUUUUUUUUACUUUAGGAAGAAUGACAGUCUAAACCAAAGCAAAGUGAAAGUCAAAAUACUUUUGAACUGUGGUCACUUUCAUCUCCUUACUGAAAUCUGCAGUCAAUUUGAAGUUCUUUUGAGUUCUGUGAAUCCCAUUUCCUCAAAAUUUCUCAUUACAUGUUUUCUCCAUACCCACGCUGCUCAUCCUCUUAUGGACAAGCAGCAUCUCAAUAAUUGCAAUUUAAAAAGCAACUUUUAUCCUGACUUAGUAAUAAAUUAAAACAGAAUUAAUAUCUUGUGUCUGUAAAGUUUGAUUUGUGUUGGAUUUUUUUAAAUGGAAUUUUUAUUACUGUAUUUACAUCAGUAUGCAAUGCAGCAAGGUUUUGGAAAUCUCAUCACUUUUUAAAAAAUAGACUUUCAGGAUGAUUAUUAUUUGAUAAAUAGUACAAAUGUUUACAUUUUAUAAGUCCUUCCCUCCCUUUUUAAAAAUCAGUUAUUUGGCCAAGAAAUGAAACAAUGUUAAGUUAAAGUAGAGUUUCCGUGUAGUAUGUUCAGGUAUAUGCCAGCAGUCUUUGAAGAGUAAAAUAAAGUAUUCAGAAUAUACUCUGUUCACAAAUGUAUAUAAGUUUGUAUCACGUGAAAUAGCUACUCACUUUUAAAUUAAAAUUUUGGAAUUAAAAA